AUGACGAAGGGAACCAGCUCUUUCGGAAAGCGUCACAACAAGACGCACACUCUGUGCCGUCGCUGUGGUCGCCGAUCCCUGCACAUCCAGAAGCACACCUGCGCUUCUUGCGGCUUCCCCGCUGCUAAGACCCGAAAGUACAACUGGUCUGAGAAGGCCAAGCGCAGGAAGACCACCGGCACCGGCCGCAUGCGAUCCCUCUCCACCAUCUCCCGGCGCUUCAAGAACGGCUUCCAGACCGGCACUCCCAAGGGCGCCCGCGGUCCCACGAAGGCAUAG